AGGGACCUGGGGUUGUUUAGUCUGGAGAAGAGGGGCCUGAGGGGCUGACACAAGAAGUGGUUACUAUUACAAAAAGUGGAGUAUUUUCGAUUUAAGCUGAAGCAGAGUUAAGUUUCAUCUGAGUGAUUGUACUUUUUUUUGGAAGUUAGACAGAAUGUCUGUCUGGCAGCGUGUUUUCUUUCAAGCAGCGCUUUCCCAGGCACCGUUUAUUCUUUGGAGAUGAUAACGCCUUGUGUUCAGUGUGAUCACCUCUGUUUGCAGUCUCUCCUUAUCUCUAAUAAUAUCUCCAGCAGAGCUGGAGCCAGCUCCAAAUCAGCAAGGCUUCUGACUGUUGUGAAGUUCAUAAUAACAUUAAAAUUAGUCCUUGGAAAGGAGUAGAAUAUGCGUAAGAUUUCUGGGAAAAUAUAUCUAUAUGCAUCUAAGUUGGAAUUCUGGCUGCCUGGGUCCAGCCCUUCCCCUCCUGGACCUGGCACAGCCCAGUCCCAGCUGCAGGAAUCUCGGGGGUUAGGAUGGGAAGUGUGGUGGCUGUACUGGUUCCUGGCCAGGCUUGGGUGGCCCAGCCAGACAAACCCCAGUAGUCUACAGAUGGAGGUGUUUAAAAGGAUAAUGGCUGGUACACAAAACCUUUCAGUUUAAAUAAACUCAGCUUCCUGUUGGGAAAAAUAGAGAGGGAAAGUACCCCCCUCAUCAUCCCAUUUAAAGCUUGGCUGUGCGUUCUUCAACAGCCACUCCUUGCCUUUAUGCUGACUGAAGGCAGAUGUAACGUUGUGUUAUUGAGGACUACAGCAGCUUCCUACUUUGUUUAGAUUGCAUCUCAAGGGGUUGAUGCAGGCUGAUGUUGCUUUUGAUAUAGUCUGGGCUCUGACUGAAGUCUCUACCCUUACACUAUGCUAGCAUUAUGUCUGGGAUCAGGAGAGAUAUCUUGAGCCCAUCUGGAAAGGACACAGCCUGCUGCUCUGAGAGGAAGGUGUCACUUUGGAUUUUGUUUUCCACAUUAGCCAAACAGCUUAUUUAUCUUUUGAGAUUUUCAGUCUUCUUCCUGGGAGAAGUGACUUUCGAAUGGGAUUAGUCUGCGUUUGCUAGUGUUACUAUCUGUUAUAGGUGCUUAGUUUGUGUUGCACGUGCAUGCAAGGCCAGCUGUGAGGCACUAUAACCUAUAGCAUAUAUCCAAGUUCUUCCGCUCCUUACCUGGUUUGCAUCGUAGGUGGCAUUAGUGCCAGUUCCUACCAGAGCAGCUCAGACAAGAAACAGAGUUGUCCUGUUCUGACCUUGUUUGCGGUUUCCAAGAGAGAGGGAUUCCUAGUGCAUAGAGCCGGAAGGACAGCGAGUCAAAAUCACUCCAGCCCUGACUGGAAGCAACUGAGUUAAAUCUGGUUUACUGCUGCUGCGGAAAUGGGGGAGUACGGAGUCGCUCCAGGCCAGCGCGUGGCCAUCAUCUGGGACAGUUCCUCACCAGUUGAAGCCUUGAAAGAUUUGGUGGAUAAAAUUCAGGCUCUGGUGGGAGCUGAUAAUCGUGUCGCUGUGGAAAACGUUAACCAGCUGUCUCUGUCUGCUCACAAAGAGUCUAGUUUUGAUGUAAUUCUCUCUGGUGUGGUACCAGGCAGUACUGCACAGCACAGUGCAGAGGUACUGGCUGAAAUAGCUCGGAUACUUAAGCCAGGGGGCCGUGUCCUCCUGAAAGAACCGGUAGUUACAGAAUCAGGAAACAACAGCAGAAUCAAGACAGCAGCCAAACUCCCCACAGCUUUGACCCUCUCCGGCUUGGUGGAAGUGAAGGAGCUGCAAAAAGAAGCAUUGACCCCAGAGGAGGCCCAGUCGGUCCAAGACCAUUUGGGUUACCAAGGCAAUGACCUUCUCAUUGUUCAGAUUGAAGGCAGGAAGCCCAAUUUUGAAGUGGGAUCCUCAAGUCAGCUCAAGCUUUCCUUUGCCAAGAAACUUGGUCCUUCGGGAAAACCCUCUGUGGACCCAACCACUGCCAAGCUGUGGACCCUCUCUGCCAAUGAUAUGAAUGAUGAAGAGAUGGAUCUUCUGGACUCUGAUGAGCUGUUGGAUUCAGAGGAUUUGAAAAAGCCGGAUCCAUUGUCCCUCAGAGCUCCAUCCUGCAAAGAAAUGGGCAAAAAGAAAGCCUGCAAGAACUGCACAUGUGGCCUGGCUGAAGAGCUGGAACAGGAGAAGAAGAAGAAUUCACAGCCCAAAUCUGCCUGUGGAAAUUGCUACCUGGGGGACGCGUUCCGCUGUGCCAGCUGCCCUUACCUGGGGAUGCCCGCCUUCAAGCCCGGGGAGAAGAUUCUCCUGGAAGAAAACCAGCUGCAUGAUGCUUAACAAAGACAUCCCUGGGUGUCCUGCAAAGGACUCCUCUGCUUUUCCAUCAGUCUGGUGUUCUUCCUGCCGUCCUCCUCAUCCUCUCAAACUCAUGUUCUCUGGCCAAUACUCCUUAGGGAGAGUGACACUGCUGUGAGCUCAUCACUUGUAAUCAGCCUUGGACUACCUGAUAAUCUUUGGUGACAAGUGGUCUCCUAUGUAUUAGACUUCAUGUUAUGCCUUGUAGCUGGCUUGACUCGAUACCGGGAUGCUGGCAGUUACCGCGUGUUCCACCAGCAGAGGGAAGUGUCUCCAAGUGUCAGGUUGACCACCUGUGCCUGUGGCAGGAAAGGUGCUUCCUCACGCCUGUGUCAUACAGCUCUAAUUUGCUCUGAUUUUCCCUAAUCAAUCAGCAGCUCUGGCUCACUCUCAGGGUGACCCUCAGCUCCUGCUCUCUUUGAAAUUUGAGCCUGCAGUUCCUUUACCAUGUGGAGGUGGCUCAGCAGCUCUUGUUGCAAGUCAGGAGCAGUGAGUACACUUAGCAACAUGUGCUUUUAGAACUCCUUUUAGAACAUGUGAGAACUCCUUGGUAAAGUCUGGCAGGCAUGACAGGUUUCCAAGUGUUUUGGGAGCCUGCUCUUGAUACACACUGCCCCCACCUAUUUCCAUCAAAAUGUCAAAAGAUGCAGGCCCAGUGAGAAAAUUCCUGCCUAUAAGGCAAGGAGCAGAUUAAAUUAGAUCUGUCUUGUCCUCCUACACCCUUCUGUCCCUGUGAACUGACAUCACAAGGGCGAUCUGACCUCUCUUGGUGGUUACCAAGUGAGUUACCUGCUUGCAGUAUCCAAUAAGAACAUAGCAAUAAUUUAAUUUCUAGGUGAUCUGUGGUCACUCUCUACUCCCACUCUGCGAGAUACUGACUACUUUAUUUAUUUGCAUAAUUACUCACGGUGAAGCAUCUGCACAGAUGCAGGAUGAGGGAGCUGUUAAUGUUCUGCGUUGGGCUUCCUUCACACCAAGGGAGGGAGAAGAGGGAAACCCAAAGUCAAUAUCUCAGUGGGGAUUGCUUUGUUGGGGGCUCUUGCUCUACGGGAUGUGGCUGCUACUUGUGCUACAUGAGUUACACAGCUCGCAGAGCAGGCUGGGGUGAAAGGCUGUUCUGUUCUUGAAAUAAAGGUGACCAAUUAUAAAGCAUUUGUUU